GCGCGGAACGGAGGAACUCCGCGGGCACCUCCGUCUCGCCGCCGUCGGUUUCCCUCAUGGAGUUCAAGCUGGAGGCUCACCGCAUCGUCAGCAUCUCGCUGGGCAAGAUCUACAGCGCACGGGGCCAGCGCGGUGGCCUCAAGCUCCACAAGAACUUACUGGUGUCGCUGGUGCUGCGCACCGCUCGCCAAGUCUACCUGAGCGAGCCGGACUUCCCGCCCGAGCCGCCCCCCAGCGCCUGCGGGGCCCCCGCAGAGGAGUCGCCGUUGCCACCCUGCUCAGCCACCACCAGCGCCUGGGCGGCCGGCGAGCUGCUGCCGCCGCCCCCGCAGGACGAAGCAGGGGACGGCCCUCGGCUGCCCGGUGCGAACUGCGAGGGCUCCCGUCUGCGGCGCUGUUGCUGCGGCUGUAGCUGCUACUGCGCGGCGGCGGCCGGCGAGGCCAACAGAGCCACUACCGUUGUGGUGGGGGCCGCGGCGUCCCCGAUGUCACACUGCGCUCGGAAGCGGAGCGCCGGCGAGCGGGGCCAGGCGGGCUCCCCAGUGAAGAAACCCCGCCGAGAGGUGGAGGAGGGGCCGCCGCCGGGUGACCAAGAGGACAUGGAGACGGGCAACGUGGCCAGCCUCAUCAGUAUCUUCGGCUCCAGCUUCUCUGGACUGCUCAGUAAGGAGCCCAAGGGUCGGCGGCGGGCACCCUUCGGCAGAGGCGAAGCGGCGGGGACGGGGACAGGGCCACCCACCGAGACAGCGUCCGAAUCGGGACAGAUCUGCUACGACGAGCCGGUGCUGCGGACCCUCAACCCGUGGAGCACGGCCAUUGUGGCCUUCUGACGCGCCGGCCCCAAAGACUCACCGGCCGCCGGCGGCGUGGGGGACCCGGCGGACGGGCGGCCUGACAGCCGGACCGAGAGGUGACCCUCAUACACGCCCUGCUUUUCUCUUUCCUUCCUUCCCCGCACCACCAGCCCGGCGGAGGAGGACGGGCAGCGCCGCGGGACUCCGGCGCCGGCGAGUCCAACCGCCCGGGAAGGGCCUCGGGGCAGCAGGGCAGCAGCACUUCCCCCUUCGGGUCCUGUCUACCGGCAGCCGCCCUGGGAGCGUCCCCCGGCCCUGCCCUCCCGGAAUUCCCCUUCCUGCCUGGGGGAGACUCUGGGGCUGCCGGUGGCACCGGGGAGGAGCCCGCUGGGUAAUAACCUUUAGCUCGGGAAGUAUUAAAUUUAUUAAAUAAAGUCUCUAUUUUGAAAAAAAGGUUUAGGUCAGAAGUAUUACAUGGUGCUUUUAAAAAGUAUUUUAUUGAGAGAAACGAAGUUUACAGACGCUCCGAGGGCAAGUGCUUGAGCCCGUUCGUUAGGUAACUCCCGGUCUUUGUUGUAUAAAGGCUUGGGGCUCCCGUAGGGAUUUUUGUACAGUGUUCUCCGGUGAUGUAUCUUGUUUUGUAUAAAAUGGAAUGCUACGUGUACAACACGUAUUAAAUAUUUUUCAUCUGUGCAA